AUGAUUGACACAAAAAAUUCCACAGGUCAACAUACCUAUACCCAAGCUAACGGGUUCCCCUACACUCACCAUCCAUACGGCGCGCAGUACGCACGUCCUGAUGGCCCAUUGCUGCUGCAGGAUGUGCAUCUGGUCGAAUCGCUGGCGCAUUUCGACCGCGAGCGGAUCCCAGAACGUGUCGUGCACGCCAAGGGCGGCGGGUGCCGUCUCGAGUUCGAACUGACCGACUCCCUUUCAGAUAUCACGUUUGCCGCACCCUACCAGAAACCGGGCUACAAGUGUCCCGGUGUGGUGCGCUACUCGACCGUGGGCGGCGAAUCCGGCACCCCCGACACCCAGCGCGACCCUCGCGGCUUCUCGGUCAAAUUCUACACCGAGUGGGGCAACCACGACUGGGUCUUCAACAACACACCUGUGUUUUUCAUCCGCGACGCCAACAAGUUCCCGCAUUUCAUCCACACCCAGAAGCGUGACCCUCGCUCCCAUCUCAACCACGGUGCCGACAGCACCAUGUACUGGGAUUAUUUGACCCAAAACCCAGAGUCCAUCCACCAAAUCACCUACAUGUUUGGUGACCGCGGUACGCCUGCCAACUGGGCCAACAUGAGCGGUUACUCGGGCCAUACUUUUAAGUUUAGAAACGAAAAGGGCGACCUCACGUACGUGCAGAUCCACGUGCGGCCCGACGACGGGUUCAAAUGUCUUAACAACGAAGAGGCCGCCGAGCUCGCCGGAUCCAACCCGGACUUCAACCAGGCCACUUUGUUCAAGAUGCUAGAAGAAGGCCAAAAGCCCUCUUACACCUGCUACGUGCAAACUAUGACUCCACAACAAGCAGAAGAGUUCCGUUACUCAAUCAAUGACUUGACCAAAGUCUGGCCCCACAAGGAGUUCCCCUUGCGCAAAUUUGGUAAGAUCACUUUGACUCAAAAUGUCGACAAUUACUUUGAAGAAAUUGAGCAAAUUGCCUUCAGCCCAAGUAACACCUGUAUUCCGGGAAUCGAGCCUUCUAACGACUCGGUUCUACAAUCACGUCUAUUUUCAUACCCUGACACCCAGCGUCACCGCUUGGGUGCCAAUUACACCCAGUUGCCGGUCAACAGCCCCAGAAAUAUGUGCCCAGCAUCUGCAGGCAGUUCCGGUUGUCCAUUUUUGAUGGGUAACUUUCAAAGAGACGGUCCAGGUGCCCUGUACAAUCAAAGCUCGUACCCAAAUUACAUCUCUACUCAACACAAGGAGAGAAUCCAAUUCAAAGAUUUGGUUGACGGUAAAACCUGUAAAGAGAAAUUUGCCGGUGUUGUGCUCAAAGAAAAGUCAGAUGCCGCUGUAUCUCAGCAAGAGCAACUGAAAAAACACGAAGAAAUCAUCAAUUCCAAGAUUAACGAGUAUUACUGGGUGACUGGGUGCUCGCCACUGGAUCUGGAACAACCUAGAGCGCUUUACGAAAAAGUCUACGACGACGCCGCCAAGAAAAGAUUUAUUCACAACGUAGUGGGUCACGUCAGCACUGCGUCUGCUGCUAUCCAAGCCAGAGUUCCACAAUACUUUGGGCUAUUAAAUAAGGAUCUGGGGGCUGCUAUUGCAGAAGGACUUGGUGUCAAAUACGAACCAUUGUCGUUCGAGCAAUACGCUGAAAAUCUAACUCUAGCAUCUGCUUUUUAG